UGAUUUUUGCAUUUCCGGGGGAGAGACCUGUAUGUAAACAAUACAGAUCUCUCCCCUGUCAGCUCCUGCACAUUGCUUUGUAUUGCUCUGCAUAGCAGAGCAAUACAAAGAAAUGUGCUGACACCGUAAAGCACACACACAGCACACAGUAAAACACAACACAGUACACAGUUAACCCUUUGAUCGCCCCAGAUGUUAACCCCUUCCUAUCUAGUGUCAUUAGUACAAUGUCAGUGCUUUGUAUUACCACUGAUCACUGUAUUGGUGUCACUGGGGAUGUCAGUGACAGUAGUUAGUUCCCCCCAAGUGUCAGAAUGCCCGCCGCAGUCCCACUCU